GGAGUCCAACAACUCGAUGGGCAUCUGUAGCUUUUGGUGCUGGAGUGGGGAUCGGAAGAGCAUAUACUGAAUGCUCUUACAUAUUUGAUGGUUCGCCUCCAAAGCUGUCUCCAAAGGUUUCAACUGUUCCUUCUGGUUAUGCACAAGAGGAAAAGAAGUGAAGUAUGCCAAUGGAAUGCCAGAACCAUAGGAUGGAGAAAAUAUUAAUUGGCAUUAAAGGGAUUGCCGUUGCUUUCUUUUUUUCUCAUGUAUCUGCGGCAUUUUUCUAUCGUUCCAAUACAUGUAAUACUCUUUUUGCUGAUUCCAAAAGAAUACUGUAACAGUUGUCUUUGGUUGAUUCCGGAGAGCAGAUAAUAAAUGCCUCUCAUGUAACCUGGUAACUGGUACCUGUCACUGCAGAGAAUAUUUUUGAAUAUUUAUGCCACAUAAUCACAACUCUGCGAUCUUUUUCUUUA